CUUUGGUUUUCGCGAUUUAUCUGACUGAAGUUGGUCAGCUUGUUCGAGAAAACUACAUUGGCUACAGUGCUUUUGUUGGUUAGGAGCAACUACAGAGGUUUUAACGUAAAAGUAGUGCAGUUAAGAAGAAUGUCUAUAGUGUUUGUAACGGGAAACGCAAAGAAGUUGGAGGAGUUUAUCGCUAUUUUGGGAAAAGAUUUUUCUCGAUCGGUAACGAGUAAGAAGAUCGAUCUGCCUGAAUAUCAAGGCGAAGUAGACGAAAUAUGUCGAGACAAGUGUCGGGCUGCAGCAAACUUAGUGAAAGGCCCAGUGAUCAUCGAAGACACUUGUCUCUGCUUCAACGCGCUGAAAGGUCUUCCCGGGCCUUACAUUAAAUGGUUUCUUGAAAAACUGGGCCCCGAAGGACUCCAUCAGAUGCUCUUUGGAUUUGAGGACAAAUCAGCGGAAGCAGUUUGCACGUUCGGUUACUGCUCCGGCGAAAACUCUGAGGUCCAUCUAUUUCAAGGUCGAACUCAGGGCACUAUUGUGAGUCCACGAGGUUCCAGGGAUUUCGGCUGGGACCCUUGUUUCCAGCCGCUGGGCUACGAUAAGACCUACGCAGAAUUGCCGAAGGAAGAGAAAAACAAAAUUUCUCAUCGCAGCAAGGCAUUAGAGAAACUAAAAGAUUAUUUGUUAAAUAACAAAAUUUAAUUUAUUAAUAUAUAAAUAAUAAAAUGACUGUCGCACACAUAA